GGGCAAACAGGGAAGCCUGUUCGCAGGUUCCCACCAAUGCAGCCACCUGAUUGGCUGAUAUUAUUAGUCCUUUGGCUCUCGGACUAUAAAGCCGCACCUUGGCGAGAUCGGCGUUUUGACUUGAAAAACUUUUCAUAUUUUCAAGCUUUUUGCUCCAAAAUAUCAGCGAAAAGUGGUCAAAGCCGCCGGAGGAAACAUGACGGAGUAUAAACUGGUCGUUGUUGGAGGUAUGUUGUGUUUUCGAAGCGGAUAAUGCGUUUUAAUGCUCGCUAAAUGUUCGGACGUGAGAGAACCCUAUAUACUCACAUAUAGCAUUGAAAAUUUUGCUUUGUAGCUGGUGGUGUGGGGAAGAGCGCCCUGACAAUUCAACUCAUUCAAAAUCAGUAAGUGUUUCAAUACUUUCUAGUCUUAUAUAGUUUGAAAUGGGAAUUAGUUAUUGAGUACUAAAAUAUGCGGUGUAAUACAAUACACUUCGUAUAUAUCACUUGGCUACUAGGGUAUAUAAUGUUUCAAAUUAUUUGGCAUUUGUAUUCGAGUACUAUAAACUUGUCACAAAUUUGACAUGCAUGUUGUCUGUGUAGUUUUCCUGCAAAUUACCGCGCCAAUUUUUUUUUGUGUGUAAAAAUCUAUUGUAUGUAAAAUUUUGCUUGCAAGACAAUUUACUUUGAUGCCCCCAUGAUCUUUUGCUCUCAAAAGCCAAUUUAUUAAAGUGAAUUAGAAAUAAUAGAUUUCACAUUUACCAGACGCUGUGUUACAGUUGUACAUUGUAUUAAUGAUGUUUACUGUAGCUAAUUGGAUUUUUAUGUUUAUGUUAUAAAGUUGUGACCCUUGUUGGGGGUGUGGCUGUAUGGGAGAUAUUAGGUAGAGUGCAGUCCUGACCUGCCCUACACGCGUAAAAACGCUGAGCCCGCUGUUUAACAGGAUUGAACAAUGUUUUGCUGCCCACGUUGUUCACACUUGUCAACAACAUUGAACAGUAUUGUUGAGCCUGAAUCGGGUGUAACAAUUUGUUGUUCAAUAUUGUUGACAACUGUGAACAAUGUGGGCAGCGAAACAUUGUUCAAUCCUGUUUUUCAUCAAUAUUGCAACAACCUGAUCAUUUUUAGCCGUGUAGGUCAUAGCUGGAUAUUGAAUAGAACAAAGAAAUACUCCUGCAGUGGCAAUGAUAGAUUGCAGCUAGGCUACAAGUGUAUAAAAGUAGAUACGUACAGUGCUCGCAGGAAAUGUUAAACAACUGCAGGAAAUUCGUUUGAAUGAAGAUUUGCUAUUGAAAAUUUGAAGGAAACCUUAACACCCAUGUCCCACUAUGGGCACAACAACAUAUGGUUGACAGACAUUAUUCCUUGAAUUUAAAACCAUGGUCAGCUAGAACACUAUAUAUGCUUAUGCACAUGCAGAUUUAGCACAAAAAUACUCCGUUGGUCUGCAGGAAAUUUUUGUCUCCAGGUUGUUCUCCCAGGAAGGAAGUCUUAUGAUUAUCUUAUAAUUUAUAAACAAGCGCUUUUGCAUGCAUACUAGCAGCAUGUUUGCAGACUGGAAGGUGUCGAAUUUUAGCCACCAUGACCGACAAACACAUGACUGAUUGAUGUUAUGUGUUAGAUUUGUAUAUCAAAGAUUGCAAACAAUGUUUAAAAAGUAUUCAAAUCAUUAAAUUAUUGCAGUUUGAUUGAGUAGAGUUCGACUGAGUAGCAUCGUGAACCUAUUUUAUAAAAAUUUAGAGCCACACUUUUUAAUUAAAAAAAAUUUGCACAUCAUUUUUUCUCAACUAAUUCGAGGGUGGUAGGUGCAAGUGCCCGUAAAUGUUGUUUAGUUUUGAGAUAUUCAUUUUAUUUUAGUUUCGUUGACGAAUACGAUCCAACUAUCGGUAAGUAUAUCUUAACGAGUCCAUUCAGAUUAAUUAAUGAUUUACUUAGUCUAAAGUCCUAUUUAAUUACACUUGCUAUUUUUGCUGUGAUGUUCUUCUCAUGAUGCAUGUGAAUGAGUCUGAGAUGAGUUAUGAAUGUUCUGAGUAUAUGAACCCUCAUCUGAUCGAUCUGAACAUUCGUCACUCAUCCACUUGAUUAUCUAAAAUCACAGCAAAAAUUGCACGCAUGGGCAGAUUUACUGGGGGGGGGGGGGUUAAAUGCCCCCUAGAAUCUCUCUAACCUCUCUUAUAGUUCAACCCCACCAAAAUUCUGCUUCAGGUCCCCUCCUAUUUUGCGUGAAAGUCUUCAACCCUUACGCCUAACCCCUGCCGAAGCUCGCUACUGUGGUGCCUCUUGCACCCCACUAGAAAUUUUUCCACCAGGCUCCUUUUAAAAAAAUGAAAAUCCGCCCUUGAUUGCAAGUGUAAACGGGCCUUAAUGCCUGCUCAAUUUCAAUCUAUUAUAGAGGAUUCAUAUAGGAAACAAGUAGUAAUAGAUGGAGAGACCUGUUUGUUGGUAUGUUUUGUUCUUAAUGUGUUAGAUAUUAUCUUUUUUUCCACUCAAAAAAGUACAUAUAUCAGCUGUCGCCCAUCCCAAUUGUAUGUUUACUCAGAACCGUUAUUUUUGCGACAGGAUAUUCUUGACACUGCUGGCCAGGAAGAAUAUAGGUAAUGAUAAUUAUGGAUAAUUGUGGUUAAUAAUUGAAUUUAUUUACUCCUGUAGUAACGUUGGUCUUCACUGAACUUUUAGGAUUGAUAUUUCAGAUGACAUUUUAAUAACCAUAUAAUUCACUUUGCAGUGCAAUGCGAGAUCAAUAUAUGAGAACGGGUGAAGGGUUUUUAUGUGUGUUCGCAAUAAAUAACGUCAAAUCAUUUGAAGAUGUACACCAAUAUAGAGAACAGGUAUCCAUGUUUUGUUAUUAACUGUAUGUUAUUGUGGUAGACGUACUUACUAACUAAAUCAAUAAAUUUAUUUUCAAAAUGGUCAGAUAAAAAGAGUAAAAGAUGCAGACGAAGUCCCCAUGGUUUGUAAGUAUAUUGUAGCCUAACUUUUUUAACCCAUUAAUAAGUUGCAUUGCUCCUUAGCUAAUGAACCAUACUUUAUCAUUUUACAAUGUCCACUCCUCUCUAAAAGUGUGUUACAAUGUAUUCUCUUCAGUGGUAGGAAACAAAUGCGAUUUACCGACUCGAAAUGUUAGCAGUGAAAGUGCUCGAGAAUUGGCAGCAAAUUUCAGUAUCCCGUUUAUCGAAACUUCCGCGAAGACUCGGCAAGGAGUUGACGAAGCUUUCUACACGUUAGUACGAGAAAUAAGAAAAGACGUAAGUCUCGUUUUUAAUGCCAUGUCUAUGGAACUUGUUUUAUACAUAGACAGAUUAUAAUUUAUUUAAGAUGACAUGCUUUAUUUUUCUUGACAUUUUUUCUCUUUUUUUUUUGCAGAAAGAGAGAAAAGGCUCUUCAAAACAAAAACCCAAAAAGAGAAGAAAAUGUAUUAUUUUAUAAAAACGUUGCCUCUUUAACUUGUGAUUUGCUACCAGAGGCAAUACAGUGUUUGGAGCAAAUGCAGUUUUUCAAAAAAGAAAAAACUAUUACCUUCGCCGUGUGCCCACAUUUACUUAGAAUUUUUCAAUUUCAACUGAAAAAAAUUUCUGUAAAUCAAGAAUUCAUGCAAAAUCAUGGCAUGGGUUUGGUGAUGUAUUUAGGUAUACAUUUGAAGUUUUUUUUAAUUUUAAUUUUUGGGUAAAAAUUUACAAACAUCGAAAAUCUUUUACAAAAAUCGAAAAAUAUUUGCCCAAAGUGCAUGAGAAUGGACCAAUUAGCUGUAUAAUUAGGUUGAGAUGAGCACUAAUUCAUUUAAUUAGUUGUAGUCUAAUUAGGUAUUAAAUAUAGUCAAAUUAGAACAUGCAAGAUUACUACUAGAUAUAUAUUACAUACAUGUACACAAUAAUUAUAUAAGUCUGACAAUUUAGGUUAAUACGAUUCAUUUGCCAUAAUGAUAUCUAUAUAUCGAUAGAAUCUCGAAACCAGUGCAAGAAGAGACAAUAAUUGCUGUGUUAUGAAGGCAAUACAACUACUUGAAGACUAUAUAUAUAAGCAGAAACUCCUAAAUAGAAAUUCAGUUCAUUGUCUGUCAAGAUGGUAGAAAAGCUACAAAAUAGAAGGCCUUGUUUGAUGUUGAAGUGUCAAGUGUACCUCGUGCACAAAUCCUUUGUCUCAACUUCAUUAAAUAUUAUACACAUUGGUGCACGUUUCAUCUUGGCUAUCCUUAUUGGGCGAUUACUUCAUUAUACAAGAAUACAAUGAGCUCAACGACUGUGAACAAAUAAACAAACUCAUGAGAUAAAAACAACGCAAUGACUUCUAUUUAGUUUCAGAUCAUCAUAACUUGAUAGACCAUAUUCUGUUCGUAUUUUUUUCUGGUAGCUGUAUCACCUAUGGUCUUUGUUUUGAUAGGUGUGCUGUACGUAAAUUUAGAAAUAUUUUGUGUGAAAAGACUUCGUUGUGUUUCGUUGUGACUUGAUGAGAGUUAUGGCAGUUGUGUAUUGUUAUAGCUAGUAUUGUUACAGCCUCUAGAGUCUAGAUGAACAAAAUAAAGGUUUAAUGAGUGUUCCAACUAUGUUU